UCGCGGCGCGGCGGACAUGGCGGUGGAGUCCUGAGCUCGUCGUGUCCCGGCCUCCAGCAGCGGCUGCGGCGGUGGUGACGGCGGCGGCAGCGGGAGGCGGAGGGGGAGCGGGAGCCACUGAGAUGAGGAGGCGCCGCGCGCGCCUGUAGCUCGCGGGCCAGCAGUUUGCUUGCCUAAACUGGAUUUGAAGUAAUUCAAACUACUGGAUAUCUGCCAUUUUACACUAACACAAUUGGAAAGAAUCAGGUUUUCAAAUAAUGGAAGAGUCCACGACCUCUAAAAAUGAAAAUCAUGAACCAAAGAAGAAUGCUUGGGCUCUUGCUGAAGAAAGCAAAGCAGUUAAAAUUAUAACUAAUAAGACUUUGAAAGCUAGAAAUGAUAAAUCAAUCAGAGAAAUUGGGACCAGUUCUCCAAAUAGGAAUAGUAGUAAAAAAAAUAAGCAAAAUGAUAUUUGUAUAGAAAAAACAGAGGUUAAAUCAUCUAAAGUAAGUGCUGCCCUUCUUCCAGGACCUAAAGACUUGGGGUUUGUUCUUCGAGAUCAAAGUUACUGCAAAGCAAAAAAAUUACCUAAUUCACCGGUGAAAGCAGAAAAGGUACCUGUUUCACAGGCAAAAGGAGAAAAGGCAUCCAGUUUACAAGCAAAAGCAGAAAAAUCACCAAAGUUACCUAGGUCACCUGUGAAAAUAGAAAAGGCACCCAGUUCACAGGCAACAGCAGUGGAAAAGGCACAUAGUUCCCAGAGGAAUGCAGAAAAAGCUUCCAAUUCUCAAAUGAAAUCAGAAAAGAUGCCCAGUUCAGCAGCAGAAGCAGAGAAGGUACCUAGUUUGCUAUUGAAAGAAAACUUGAGGCAGACAGAAUCACAGCAGACUGGAAAAAAAAUCCCAAGCUCCUUUACUUCUGUGGACAAAGUGAAUAUUGAUAAUGUAGAGGGAGAAAAAUCUGCUCUGGAAAAUUCACCCCGACCUCAUAAGCAACAAACGUGUACGGAGACUACUGGUGAUUCUGAUGAUAGUGCUUCUGGAAUUGAAGACAUAACAGAUGAUUUGAGUAGGGCAAUUUUUGUUAAGGAUAUAGAAGCAGGUUCCAAUGAGUGUCAGUUGAGAUGUCAUCCCAAACCUUCUGAUUCCCCAUACAGUAUUAAGCUCUUUUUAUUAAGAGAAUCCAAACAUAUCCUUGUAAUUGUAACAUUUUACAAUUGGAAAAUUCUUCGCUCACCAGAAUAUACCAAUUGCCGAUACCUAUGCAAACUUUGCUUAAUUCACAUUGAAAACAUCCAGGGAGCUCAUAAACAUAUAAAGGAGAAACGACAUAAGAAAAAUAUUCUGGAAAAACAGGAAGAAAGUGAGCUUCGUUCUCUGCCGCCUCCUUCCCCUGCCCACUUGGCUGCCUUAAGUGUUGCUGUUAUUGAAUUAGCAAAAGAACAAGGAAUAACAGAUGAUGACCUCAGAGUCCGUCAGGAAAUUGUGGAGGAAAUGUCAAAGGUUAUAACAACAUUUUUACCAGAGUGUUCACUUAGGUUGUAUGGCUCAUCUCUGACUAAGUUUGCUCUGAAAAGUAGUGAUGUUAAUAUAGAUAUAAAAUUCCCUCCCAAGAUGAGUCAUCCAGAUCUUCUGAUACAAGUGCUUGGGAUUUUUAAAAAAAGUGUGUUAUAUGUAGAUGUGGAAUCUGAUUUUCAUGCUAAAGUUCCUGUUGUGGUGUGCAAAGAUCGGAAAAGUGGUUUGCUUUGUAGAGUGAGUGCAGGAAAUGAUAUGGCAUGCCUCACUACUGAUUUACUUGCUGCUCUUGGCAGAACAGAACCUGUCUUUACUCCCUUGGUGUUAGCCUUUCGCUAUUGGGCUAAGUUGUGCCAUAUUGACUCCCAGACUGAUGGUGGAAUUCCUUCUUACUGUUUUGCUUUAAUGGUGAUAUUUUUUCUACAACAAAGAAAACCCCCUCUUCUUCCUUGCUUACUUGGAAGUUGGUCUCCUUUAACAUUGGAAACACCAAAUCAGGUAUCCCUGGGACAGUUAUGGUUAGAGCUGCUAAAAUUUUAUACACUGGAUUUUGCUUUGGAGGAAUAUGUCAUAUGUGUACGGAUACAAGAUGUUUUAACACGAGAAAACAAAAACUGGCCUAAAAGGAGAAUAGCCAUUGAAGAUCCAUUUUCAGUCAAGAGGAAUGUUGCACGGAGCUUAAACAGCCAGCUUGUUUAUGAAUAUGUUGUGGAGAGAUUCAGGGCAGCUUAUCGGUAUUUUGCCUGUCCUCAGAGGAAGGGUGGAAAUAAAUCUACAGUGGAUUCCAUGAAAAAAGAGAAGGGGAAAAUAAGCAAUAAGAAACCAGUGAAGUCUGACAAUACGGCAUCCAAUUGUUGCAACUUACUUCGGGAAAGCCCAGAAAAAAUACAUGCAGGAAGAGUUCAGCCUGAUAAAUAUGAUGAAAAGGAAUGUGUAUCACAGAGGUGUAUUACUGAAGAUCACAAUUUGUUGGUAAAAGAACUGGAUUUGGCUGAACGUAGACAGGAAUCUUCAUCUCUUUCUACCAGUGAAGGCACUGAAUUAGAUCCAAAAUCAGUUAACAAACAAGAUGACUUAUCACCUUCAAAAACUUGUUUUAAAAAGGAGCCCAGCCAGUGUAAUUGCACUGAUUAUAAAUCCCCUGACCCAGGUGAAUCUGCUGGUACAGACUGCAGGUCAGAUUUAGAAAGAAAGUGUUCACAUCAGGUUGUGUGCCCUGACACAUCUUCUACCUCUUGCAACUGCAAAGCUGCAGAAGAUGCUUCUGACCUUAAUGAUGAUGAUAGCCACCCUACCCAGGAUUUAUAUUAUGUGUUUGAUAAGUUUAUUUUGACCUCUGGCAAGCCACCAACAAUAGUAUGCAGCAUCUGCAAAAAGGAUGGCCAUUCAAAAAAUGAUUGCCCAGAAGAUUUCAGGAAAAUUGAUCUGAAACCUUUACCACCAAUGACAAAUCGAUUUCGGGAAAUACUUGAUUUAGUAUGUAAAAGAUGUUUUGAUGAAUUAUCACCACCAUUCUCUGAACAACACAACAGGGAGCAAAUUUUAAUUGGCUUGGAAAAGUUUAUUCAAAAAGAAUAUGAUGAAAAGGCAAGAUUGUGCUUAUUUGGCUCUUCUAAGAAUGGAUUUGGAUUUCGUGAUAGUGAUCUGGAUAUUUGUAUGACCCUGGAAGGCCAUGAAAAUGCAGAGAAAUUAAAUUGUAAAGAAAUAAUAGAAAAUUUGGCAAAAAUUCUUAAGAGACAUCCAGGUUUAAGAAACAUUUUGCCUAUAACUACUGCCAAAGUGCCUAUUGUAAAAUUUGAACACAGACGAAGUGGUUUAGAAGGUGAUAUCAGUUUAUAUAACACGUUGGCUCAACAUAACACAAGAAUGCUAGCUACUUAUGCAGCUAUUGAUCCCAGAGUGCAAUACUUGGGAUAUACUAUGAAAGUGUUUGCCAAGCGAUGUGACAUUGGAGAUGCUUCCAGGGGAAGUUUAUCUUCAUAUGCUUAUAUCCUUAUGGUGCUGUACUUUCUGCAGCAGAGAAAACCACCUGUUAUCCCAGUUCUACAAGAGAUCUUUGAUGGGAAACACAUUCCACAGCGAAUGGUUGAUGGAUGGAAUGCUUUUUUCUUUGAUAAAACAGAAGAACUGAAAAAGCGUUUACCUUCACUUGGGAAGAACACAGAAACAUUAGGAGAACUUUGGUUGGGACUCCUUCGCUUCUAUACUGAAGAAUUUGAUUUCAAAGAAUAUGUAAUUAGCAUUCGGCAGAAAAAGCUGUUGACAACUUUUGAGAAACAGUGGACAUCCAAGUGCAUUGCAAUUGAAGACCCUUUUGACUUGAAUCAUAACCUUGGUGCUGGAGUUUCUAGAAAAAUGACCAAUUUCAUCAUGAAGGCAUUUAUCAAUGGAAGGAAACUUUUUGGUACCCCUUUUUAUCCACUUAUCGGCAGAGAAGCUGAAUACUUCUUUGAUUCCAGAGUAUUAACAGAUGGAGAACUGGCUCCCAAUGAUCGAUGUUGCCGUGUGUGUGGAAAAAUAGGCCACUAUAUGAAAGACUGCCCUAAAAGGAGAAGCAGUUUACUGUUUAGACUAAAGAAGAAAGACAGUGAAGAAGAGAAGGAAGGGAAUGAAGAAGAGAAAGACUCCCGAGAUCUUCUUGACCCCCGAGACCUCCACGACGCUCGAGACUUUAGAGACCCCAGAGACCUCAGAUGUUUUAUAUGUGGAGAUGCAGGACAUGUACGAAGGGAAUGCCCAGAGGUCAAGCUGGCCCGUCAGAGGAAUAGCAGUGUGGCAGCAGCCCAGCUGGUCCGCAACCUUGUAAAUGCCCAACAAGUGGCUGGUUCAGCCCAGCAACAGGGUGAUCAGUCUAUAAGGUCUAGACAGUCCUCAGAAUGUUCUGAUUCACCAUCUUACUCUCCUCAGCCCCAGCCGUUUCCACAGAACUCUUGCCAAUCAGCUGUCAUUACCCAGCCUCCAUCCCAGCCAGGAUCCCAGCCCAAGCUUGGCCCACCUCAGCAGGGAGCCCAGCCCCCCCAUCAGGUCCAGAUGCCUAUGUAUAACUUUCCCCAGUCACCACCAGCUCAGUAUUCUCCCAUGCACAAUAUGGGAUUGUUGCCAGUACACCCCCUCCAGAUCCCUACCCCAUCCUGGCCUAUUCAUGGCCCAGUGAUCCACUCUGCACCAGGCAGUGCCCCCAGCAAUAUUGGCCUGAACGAUCCCAGCAUCAUCUUUGCACAGCCUGCUGCUAGACCCGUGGCGAUCCCUAGCUCCUCUCAUGAUGGACACUGGCCUCGUGCUGUGGCUCCAAAUUCCCUGGUGAACAAUGGUACAGUGGGGAAUUCGGAACCAGGCUUUCCAGGACUAAAUCCUCCAAUUCCUUGGGAACAUGCACCACGUCCCCAUUUCCCUCUUGUCCCAGCUUCGUGGCCUUACGGUUUGCAUCAAAACUUCAUGCAUCAGGGAAAUGCCAGAUUUCAGGCCAACAAACCUUUCUAUACUCAAGACAGAUGUGCCACCCGUCGGUGUAGAGAGCGUUGUCCCCACCCACCAAGAGGAAACGUGUCGGAGUAAUGCGAGUCCAUUUUCUUUCAGCUGGUCUACCGAUGUACAGCAACCAGCCAAUCCUGCUGUCUCAAGGGUAUCCGUACCUCAAUGUCAGUUACAUUCAGCAGAAAAAGUGACAUUUAAUGGAAAGCAAAACAAAUCAGGUCCUGAUUUAAAAUUUUAACACAUUUAGAUAGCUUAUUUAAAUUCUAAAACUGUUUUUAAAGACUGUAUUAUUUGUAUAUAAAUAUGAAGUAUAGUUUUUACUAGUAUCACCAAAUUGAGUGAUACAAAUUUCAUCUAUUUUAUUACCCUAUUUUUAAGGGAAUUUUAUGUUUUGUUUAACCUUGAUGAAUUGUAUAAAGAGAGAAUUUAAAAAUUACAUUCUUUAUUUUCUAUUAGCUGUAUUCAUACUUUGGUUGCUUCAGACUUUAUAUAUAUUGUUCUUAAGAAUUAGGAAGGACUUUCAUGUGUUUUAAAUUUGUCACUUCUAUUCUUUACAGAAUCUUGUAGUGCCAAAAACUUUUUAAAAGGUAAAAAAAAAUAAAGUAAAACUACAACAUGAAGAUUCAGAAUUUUUUCUUUUAUAUUCUUUGUAUAUUGAUGAUAUUCAAAGAAACAAAAUUGCUUUUGUCUGUAUUUGAAGUAAUUCUAUUUUAAGUUAAUAAAUCUUUGAUAAGAGUCAAAUUUGAUUAAUUCAUCUAGUUGUUUAGACAGUGGAAAUACAGUGUUGACAAUUCGGAGAGAUGUUUUACUGUUAGUGAAUAUUCUACAUCACAGGCUUAGUUUAAAAAAUCCAAGGAUUUUUUUUCAUGUCCUUUAUUUUACUGGAUCUUCACAACACCCAUAUGAAGUGGAUAGAAGCAUUUUAUCAUUGAUAAAACUGAGGGCCAAAACAAUAAAGUGAGUUCUAAAGGUGAUACAUGUUGGAUAUAAAAUUGAAACAGAUCUCUUGAAGCAGUUUUUAAACACUGAGAUUGAUACUGACAAUUAAAGUAGGGAAGAGAUGAUUGUUAUUUUCUGAGGAACAAAUAUGUGUCAGACUAUCCAUUUUGGCAUAGAAUUCCUGUACUACCUGGAAAGCCAUAGUGGUGUUUACCAAUAAUGCCUGUGGUCAGUGAUUAUAGUUGGGGAGUUCAAACGUAUUGUUGGUGUUAGGUUUUUUAGCUGUUUUUGAUACUAUACACUGAAAUGAGGUAAUUUUGUCCAAACCCCUCAGAGAGAUUUACCAAGACUUCUAUGCUAAAUGAUGCCAUAGAUUAAUUUGGAAAUCUGCAGAAUAAGUAAAUACAAAUGUAUUUUAAGGAUAGUUAUUAUCUUUGUACUGCUUCCUCAGAUAUACAUUACUUAAACAGGAGACUAUCUGGGCUCUUGCCAUAUGUAUUCUCCAACAUGGAAGAUACCUGAAAUACAUUGCAGGAGGUUGAGGGUUUUUCUACCGUAUUUACAACCUUAGAAAGGUAUUUAUUAAAUGUUAAUUUAAGAGCAGGUGUAUUUACUGUUAGCUUUUCAUAUUAAAGCAUUGGCAUCCCUCAGGAUCCUACUUAAGUGGUGUAGUUAGCUCAUUUGUUUUAUUAAUGAAUACCAAAGUCAGCUCUUUUAUUAAAAAAUGACUUGGAGCGUUCAAAUAUUUCAUCUCCUUUCAGGUCUUGGAGAACAGGUGAUGAGGUAUGUAAGGUGUUCAUUUUACUGUUCUACUUUUGUAUAUAUUAGUAAUUUUCAUUAAAAGAAAACUGCAACGAGAGACUGCCCCCAACUCAGCCAUCCUUCCUAAAGGCAGUAUAUACCACAUGGCCAAAGGUAUUUGUGGGGCAGUAAACCCAUCACCUAGGUUAUACUUACAUAAAAGUGUUACAUAUAGUAAUUUUCAUCAUUUCACUUGUCCCUCUUUCAGCAAUUGCCAGUGUUCAAUAACUGGUAAAACUAUUCCAAGUUGAAAAGUAGAAUACUCUUAGUUUGUAAUUUAUACAGUACUUCAGUUUUAUAAGUUUGCAAACUUUUCAUAGAAGUUGUAAACUUUAUUAUGAAUUCAUUGUAAAGCAAUUGAGAAGUUCAGAAUUGUUUUAUGUAUACACACACACACAAAAAGAUCACUAUUUUGAAAUUUUUUGAAUAAUGUUAAUGACUGAGGGAUUAAUAUUUUCCCUUGCCGUUAAAGAUUAUUCAAAUAUAUGAACACUAAUGAUGUUCUACAUAAUCUAUUCAUACCCCUACAGAUGGACAUUUUUGCUAUUUCCAGUUUUUCUCAUAUAUAAAAAAUAUAUGUAAAAUGAUGGGAUAAAUCUAAGUGUAUAUUUGUUUUGUUAUGGCAAAUUCCUAUAAAUGGGAUUAUUGUGUAAAAAGAAUAAGGUUCCUGUUACAUAUUGCCAAAUUGCCCUCCAGAAAAGUGGCUACCAACCGGCAGUUCCAACAAACAAUACAUGUGUUGGAAGCUUAUAAAAAAGCUUGAAACUCCAAACAACUUUUUUUUUCCAUGUGAAGGAUAAUCUAAAUGUUUAUUAAAAAAGAAAAAAGCACUAAAUAAAAAUCACUCAAAAGUGCAUCAACCAGAAAUAAAUACUACUAUUUGGUGAAUUUCAUUCCAACUACCUGUCCUAAAUACAUGUAAGUUUUACAAAAGUGGGCUUAUAUGCUAUAUUUAAUAAAUAAAGCAAAUUAAUUUUACUUGGAUUUAUUAACAAAAGGAAAAAAUGUGAAAGUGAAGAAAUGUUAACAAUACUUGAAAAUUUUUUUCUCUAAGAGAAUCUAGUCCUAAAAGAUUCCUUCUAAAAUAAAGGAUAGUUAUAAAAAGCAUUAAAACUCUGGAGUCAUUUUUUUCUUGCUUCAUGUAUGUUAAUUAGAGAUAGCAUAUGACUCCUGUUAUGAAAAAUAAGACCACACCUAAGAGUUCUUCUACUUGGUUUUACUAUUCCUAUAUAGACAAUAUUCAAAUAUUUAAUUUGCAUCUCAUAGUCAUUCCCCAUUAUUCUUGAGUUUCUAAAAGGUUUACUUUUCUUGAACUGCUUUUCGGUGAAUUUUGUAAUCAAGUGUUUUUUCCCCAGGUGAUUGUAUACUUGUAAGUUCUUGCAUACUUCAGAAUAUCUAUGCCCUUUAUAUUUUAAAUACAACUUUUUGUGGGUAUAAAAUUCCUGGUAUACUUUAUUUUCCUCAGACCUUUGGGAGCCUUUUGCUUCACUGAUUUAUGAAUUUGCUACAGGUCUGAGAUGAUCCUUUUUCCCUCACUAUGUAUACAUGACUUGAUUUCACUGCUUGGAUGCCCAUAAAGUUCUCUUAAUCAGGACCCAUUUCUUGAUUGUUUUUUUUUUUUUUCAGGUAAUAUUCUAUUUGAAUUUUUAAAAGUUUGAUUUGCUCAGUUCUCUUCUUCAGGGCUAUCAAUUAUGCAUAUCAGAAUUCUUUUCAUGUGUCUUAUUAUCUCUGGAGCUUUAAGUAUUUUGUUAUUUUCCAUUUUAAAAGUUUCCUCUAGCUUAUUUUCUGUAUGGCUUCUGUUUUCUGUUUUUUCUAAUAAGGCUUUCAUUUCUCCAGUUUUUAAAAUCUUCAUUUCUUAAGCUCUGCCAAGCAUAGUUUUCAGGUCUUUUAAUCUCUUCUUUGAACUUACAUACUUCCAUUUUUAGAAACAGAUCACUUUUUUUUUUUGCUGUGUCUUUUUUGAGUCUAUGGAGACCUUGUUACUUAAACCUUACUGGAGGAGUGGCCAGCAUCUGUGAUCAUUCUUUUCUGAUUAAUGCUUGCUUAAACUUAGGUCAGUUUACUGAAAAUAAUGGAAAAGGGCUAGGGAAAUGAGCUUUAAAUUGUUAUAAAGGAAGCCUUUCAGAAGCAUUUCCUUUGCCCUGAAAACACAUCUCCCUUCAUAACAUAUUAAGGUUAUUUGUGCACUAUGGCAAAAAUUUUAUUAAGGGCAGUAUAAUUCAAAUUAUGGGAAGUGAAAUCAAUUUAGUGGUUUGUAGCCAACAUUGAAAACUGAUACU